GAAGUUGCCAUGGAAGCUGCGGUGCUGCGAGUGAAGCGGAAAAGGGGAGCAGACCCGGCCGAGGCUCUGCUCAUCAGCUGUAAGAGGUCCCGGACCGAGGAGGAGGCGGAGGAGGACCCCGGCCGGGUCAGCAGGCAGCUCUUCAGGCUAGCUGCCACUGUCACCUCCCAGGACGAACCUAUUCAGAAGUAUGUACACGAGGCUCUGUCCCGUGACCGUGCUGCCCAGGCAUUUAAUCCCACCCUAGGGAGCUUACACCGAGUCCAAAAAGACCUUCGAGCUGUGAAAGAGACAGAACGCCAAGAAAGCAGAUACCGCUUAAUAUCUAAUCUCCGCCCAAAAUGUGAUGAUGAGAGCGGUGCAAGAAACGGUCAACCUGCCAGCCCAGUGACAGACCAGACGCCUGUACCAGGGAAGGUGGAGGCCGCUGCGUGUGGAGAUCCAGACUCCCCAAUCAAUGCCGUAGGCAGCUUCCAAGUCUUUGACAUGGUGCAUGAGGAAACAGAAAAGGAAGAGGUUGAUUUGAAGAAAAGCGACCCUGAAACCAUCACGUGCAAUUCUGUGGAGAUGAUUCGGGAGCACCUGACUGUUUCUGAUGAGGGACUUGGCUCCGAGCACAGGGAGAACCCAGAUGAAUUUGUGUAUGACAUAUAUUAUGCAGAAUCCGCUCCACAGAUCUGGAUCCAGGACAUCCUGUCUGUCCAGCCAUACUCCCAGCAGCAGGAGGAACUGAUGCCUGAAGAUCCUGAGCCAGAGGAAGUCUAUGAUGAUGAGGAUGAUGAGAAUGAGGAAAGCAACUGGAGAAAUGAUUAUCCCGAUGAAGAUGAUGAGAAUGACAGUGACAGGGAGGAGAGAUACAUGGGUUAUUAUGAAGACAGUGAGGAGGAUGGACACAGAGGAGACUCCUGGAAGUCCUACAGCCAGAAGGUCAUGAGAGAGUUGGACGAGGAAGAUGAAUGUGACUGAAUGUGAUGCUCAAUGUUUAUAGAGGGUCUCUCUCUGAUGUGGAUGAAGAUUAAUGGUCUGUUUUUUUAAGACUAAACUCUUUGUAAGUUUUAUGUUGUCACUGCAGCUG